AUGAUAAAUAAGGCGACCGUCUUGGCCAGCACCAUGUCACCCCUUCCUUAUCGCCUGAAACCCUUGAGAAUUAACCAAGCUACUUCUACUUUUGUGGCUGCUUCUGAUACCCCAGUGAAAAAACUGGAGAAGCAUGACUCAGGCCAAGCUUUUGAGUUGAUUGUCAGCCCUCAACCAAAAGAAUUCAUCCCAGAAUUCCCCCUUUCCCCUCCAAAGAAGAAGGAUCUUUCCCUAGAGGAAAUUUGGAAGAAAUCAGAAGCUGCAGAAGAAAAACACAAGUCCCAUAAAGCAGAGGUCUUGAAGCAGCUUGCUGAGAAAGGACAGCAUGAGAAAGAAGUGCUUCAAAAAGCAACAGAAGAAAAGAACAACUUCAGGAAAAUGGCAGAAGAAAAACUGACUCACAAAAUGGAAGCCAACAAAGAGAAUCGGGAGGCAUAAAUGGCUGCCAAACUGGAGUGCUUGUGAGAGAAGGACAAGUACAUUGAAGAAGUGUGGGCAAACAAAGAAUCCAAAGAUCCUAUUGAUAAAACUGACACUGACUAA